AUGAUGCGCAGUUGGCUUCUGGCUGGUUAUGUGGGCAUUAUACUGCUAAGCCCUGCACUUAUCGCGGCGCUUCCUGCUCCAACGCCCCCAGGCAUUCCAACAGCUUCCACAGCUCAGAAUGAACUAUCCGGGUUGACAGUUGCGGCACAGGGCUCCGAAGAUGGCUAUUCUAGGGACAAGUUCCCCCACUGGAUUACUCAAAGCGGAACCUGUGAUACCCGUGAGGUAGUCUUAAAGCGAGAUGGAUCGAGCGUAGUACAGAGUUCCAGCUGCGCUGCCACUAGUGGAACAUGGUACUCCCCAUAUGACGGAGCGACAUGGACUCAGGCGAGCGAUGUUGAUAUCGAUCACCUUGUACCGCUGGCUAAUGCGUGGAAGUCUGGUGCAUCUGAGUGGUCGACCGCUGACCGGCAAGCGUUUGCUAAUGAUCUUACCCAUCCGCAAUUACUGGCUGUGACAGAUAAUGUUAAUUCUGCUAAGGGCGAUAGAGGGCCGGAGGAGUGGAAGCCCCCUCUUACCUCUUACUAUUGCACUUAUGCGGAGAUGUGGGUUAAGGUUAAAUCGGUCUAUAAGCUGACCAUUACCGAUGAUGAGAAAUCAGCUCUUGCUAGCAUGCUAGAUACUUGCUAG